AUGUCGGCCACAAACUCGAACAAGUUCGUUACAAAUAGCUUGCCGGAGUUCCUGUUGCUUGUAGCGCAAUCGCUGGAAACCCUGUUCGCCAUGGACGCGGUGGUGUUGCGAAACCUCCAUUCGGUAAUCGUCUGUUACGACGUGCAAGUUUUCUACCGGAACCGUGGCGGCGUAGACGGGCCCUCUGUUGGCCUGGACGAGUUCGUGUUGUAUUGUGAUAGCAAGAUCCAGCCACAGCUGGUCAACGAUGAAGGAGAUGACGGCCCUCGGGACACUUACCGGUGUUCGAUGACUAUCAGCGAUCUGAUCCGAAUGGAACCGUGGGCCCAGCUCUACAGAGUCGUUGGGCCUCGCGUCAUGCGUCGCCUGCUGUUCGACUGUCUGCUGUUCGUGCCGCUUGGCAGACACGUUUACUACUGCGUGCGGUCACCCUCACAGUCAACGAGCCGGUACGAAGUGAUACAGGCUUUCCGGGUCCGGGCCGGUUCGCGAUGGAAGGCUGGGCGGCCAUCGAAGUCGAAACCACCGACGCAGAAAUACUUCAACAUCGCAGGCUUACUGCGGGAAGUUCAGCCGAUCGGACGGCAGGAUUCGGCCGACAUGUUGGGUAGCAUACUGAACACCGAUGUCGUCAGAGUGGUGGAAGGCAGUCCGCGUACCGCCAAGCUGGACUACAUCAGGACUAGACCAUGUCUUGACCGGCUGGCGCGCAAACUCAAAGUGAUUGCGGACAAGGACACUUCGCGUGCAUACUGGGACAUUUAUCGAGAUGUGGUGGGCGAUUGCCCGUCGGUCGAGGUGCCAUUGAGCAGGGUCAAGUCGUUCGCCAGGGCGGUGGUGUGCAAGAUCGUGCCACGUGAGGUGUUUGGGACGGCCAGCAACCGCGACCAGUUCUGCAACAACGUGUGCCGGGUGUUGAACGGUGGCAAGUUACACGACUACGCAGUGGAGCACAUCGUGUACAAGAUAAAAAUGAAGAAGAUCAAAUGGCUGGAGAAUGUGGCCGCAGACUGGCGGGCCGAGAUCGCGGCCAAGACGCUGGUGUGGCUGACCAACGUGUUUGUGUUUGGCCGGAUCGUCCAUUGCUUCCGGGUCGUUACGACCACCACGCCUACCAACGGCGUCGCGUACGCUGUUAAAGCCAAGUGGGCGAACAUGUGCCACGAAAAAAUAUCGCCGCUGAUGGCUGCCAACAGUGAAUUUUUCAGACAAAUCCAGCCCGAUGACUCGGAAACGUCGUCGUCGUACAGGAACUGGAAAGUGUGCCCAUACGCGAAACCUAACGGAGUGCGACUGAUAUUCAAGCUGCGGCGGAAAGAGGGCAGAAACGAGAAGCGUCUAACCGACGACUGCCAAACAUUUCUGCAGUGUCUGUCGCGCACUCGACCCUCCGAAUAUCGAUCCGUGACGAGGCCGCAGUUCUUUCGCAGAUGGAAGGCGCUACAAGAAUCCCGGAGUCUGUCCGCCACCCCCGCGUUGUUCUACGUGCGCACUGAUUUCCGUGACGCGUUCACAAGCUUCGUGCACGAAAAACUGCUGACGGUCAUCCGGGACAGGAUCAAGGAACGUUUCGGCAAGAAGCAGCGGAUGGUGGCUGUACACACAGUGGACGUAGUGAAAAUUGGCGGCGGCUCCGUGUACUACAAGAAGUGUCGCUACGUGGGCGGACUGCCAACUCCCGAGUUCCAGGGCGGGUCGUUGGUGUUCCACGACAAGACGGACUCGGUGCCUCUGUUCCGGAUCUGGAACGUGGUGCGCCGUUGCAUAGUCUGCAACGCCGUGGAGCGGGGUGGCUGCCGGUGGGGUAUGACCAGAGGCGUGGUACAGGGCGACCGGCUGUCCGUGGCCCUCUGUGACCUGCUGCUUUCCGACCUGCAUGCUGCCCGACUAACGAAUCUGGUGGAUGGUCGAUCGGGAAGCCAGCUGUACCGGUUUGUCGACGACUACCUGUUCGUGUCACCCGACCGAGACGCAGCCCUCCGGUAUCUGGCCGCGAUGCGCGCCGGGUUCAACGAUUACGGGCUCAGGAUUAACCGGAACAAAACCGAGACGAACGCAGACAACGGUGGAGUUGGCGGUAGGUUGGUCAAGUUUUUGGGGUUCCGGUUGAACGCGGCCACUGGCGAGGUGACCAAGGACUCUUCAGCGUACCGGAAUCGACGGCCACUGCACUUCUUCGAUUAUGGGCUGGGCCGCGGCCAACCGGGCCGGACCCUGUACGCCAAGGUCGGCCGGCCCAACUGGCACGCCAUGCCCGGCGUGCUGGUCAGCAAGUCGUUCAACUCGGCGGCCACAGUGGCCCGAAACGUGGCGUCGGUGGUCGCUUACAAGGCGUUUGCCGUCGUCACGGCCGUCAAGCAGUACUUUUUACACCUGAACCCCGUGUUCCUCGCGAACGCCGUGCGCGCUAUCGCCCGGGUCAUGUACGCCAAAGCUCGCGCCGUCGUCCGGUAUUCGGCCAUCACGCCCAUGCAGUGCAAGUGGAUCGUAUAUGAAGUGUACGCCACCAUGUUCCGCACACAUUUCUCCCCUGACGACCGUUGCGUCGCGUCAGCCUUGCACCGGAUCCGGAUAACGCAGACCGCCGUCGGACGAAAGUGCGCCACUCGCAUUCUGAGGGCCGCUCUGAGACGUCAUGAUUUCGCCAAAAUGUUCGGUUGA